GAAAGAUCAAACUCUGAUUGCUGCCAAUUUUAAAUUACGCUAAAUCCCGACGUUGGACCGAGAAUAAAAUUGACUUUAAAACGAACAGAUUGAUAAAACGGUCAAGAUCUUCGAUGUCUCAGGUGACGUUUACGUGACAAGAUUCUUGGUAUUCCCCGACCGAGAAAAUGAGACAUUGCGAGUGGUAGAUAGAUGCCGAGAAUUUACUAGAGAAUCAUCGGGAUCAAAUUUGCUCAUUAUCUUUACUACGUAAGAAAGUGAGAAAGUGUCUGGUUGUUGGAGCCCCUGAUUCAUCUGAACCCGGCGUUAUUAACGAGUCAAUCAACCUGUGCGUGCCCUGUGAUAACUCUUGAUCACGAUCGUGUCACCGUCUGCAUAAGAAAUCCGCCACGUGAAAUGUGUCGUACGUAAAUGCCAAGAGGGAAAGGAUUUGCUUGGUAUCCAUUAUUGAGGCCAUCUCUGUUGAGGAAUCACGACCCACCAUCUCUCCCUUUUCCCAUUUUCCGCGAACGUACGGGCUGAUGCCAGCCGGUUGGCCAUUUUUCUUCCUCCAUAGAUGGACGGUGACGUCCGUGCCGGAAAACACCGCUAUAUUACAUAUUUAAGGGAACGCGUGGUGCUGCAAGAGGAAAUGAAACAGGGCCCCCGUUGACGUCAACGGUCAAUAACGAAGAAAGCACCACGAUGGGAAACUAGGUGCCUCCUGGCACGGCACAGGGGAUUGGUCACUCUCAAGGUAGAGAUGCGGUGGCUACCACCCACGGUUUUCUCUACCUUAAAACUCCAGCGAGACAGGGAGAGUUCACUCAGUUUUCAGUAAACCACCAGGAACGAUUCAAGCCUCCAGAUAUAUCCGAGAACGUACUCUUGUAUACCGAGGAUUAUUCUCGAUUAAUUCCAAGGUUUGCUGACUGAGAGUAUAUCUCAGUGAAAACGAAUAUCGGACGAGAAUCUUGAUCGAAAAUUCUUCUUCGGAUACUGAACGGUGUUCGUAUUUUACCAUCGUUUCCAGUUCAACAAAUCGAAUUCAAUCAAAUUUGGAAUCAUGUCGCUAUACGCCAUCGUCGGGAUCCUCGUUUGCAUUUUGCUUGUGAACUUCACAGAGAAAGAAUUUAUUGAGGCCAGGAGAAUAGAGUCGGAGAGGUUCCACGUUCGCCACGAGGGUAUCUACCGACAGCUACGUGAGAUACGUCAUUUGCUCGAGUCUAGUAACCGAGGGAAGACGAAGAGUUCGUUGACAAUCGACGACGUAUCGAUGAAUUCGAUGAUCACGCCGCGACAACGACGCAAUUUGGAAAUAGACAACAUGUACGUGAUGGACGUGAGCAAGUUGCAGAACGCAUCGAUCUGCAGCUACACGAUCGAGCCAGUCGGCGAGGAGUUUGGCGAUCGGAUACUGAAGAAUCUGCAUCACAUCAAGUGCAAGCCGAACAACCUUGGUAACAGGUGUCAGAGCAACCAGCCUCAUUGUUGCAUACAGACCUAUGACGAAAUAGAUCUCUCUAUCCCAGGUAAAGCGAACGAGAUGGUGAUGAUCUACACUGGAUGCGUAUGUGCACACCCUCAUAUGAUCAAGAUGAAAGAUCAUAACAUGAAAGAAUUGGAUUAACAACGAUAAACUUUAAUUCGUCAAUAUUGGAAUAGAUGUGAACGCGUUAAACAGAAGUUCCUAUAGGUGACGACUCGACUGUUUUUAAUAUUCGUUAGUGACAAUAAGACAUUCAAUUAUUAAAAAAAAAAAAAAAAUACUCUUAGUAUACGAUAUAGAAUAGGUGCUAACUACAGUUACUAACUCUGCACUAAUUCAGUAGGCGUUAAGUAUCUUGUUAGAUAUUAAGAACUUUAUUGUUAGUUACGAUUUCUCAGUCCAGAUCUGUAUUAGGUGAAUGACUAGUCUUUUUUAUUAGACGAUUUAGCUUGACAGCUAGCUAUAGUAUAAUCAAAGUUGGAAGCCAAUUACAAUUGCAGAUCUGCAAAACGUGGAAUGCUUAAUGACGUUUAAUGACGCUUAAUGAGACGGGGAAUCUCGAUUUGCUCAAUACUCAAUGUUCCAUAGACAACUAUAUCCUUGUAAUAUUAUGUAAUAAGAUAUUAUCUUCUGUGUCGAUUAUUUAUUUCUGUUGUCAAACAAUGUGAUAGAUGCAUCAUACUAUCAUUUUCUUUUUCUUUUUCUAAACAUCAUUAUUAUUCAUACUACUUAUUAUUUUCUUAUUUACUUUUUGUAGAACAAUAGGUAUUAUAGUCGUAAGUUGUAACUUUUUAUAAAAAAAAAUCAAUGUUCAAAAAAUUUCUACGCUAUCAAGAACAUAUAUAAACGAUCUACUAACAUAUUUGUACUACGAUCUUUUUAUCCGAAAUAUUAUAUUUUGUACGAUGUUAUAUUAUGACAAAAAGUAUAUUUAUUAAAACGAUAUAUUUAAUAAACAUUUCGUGUAAUCUCUUUC